AUGCCACCUCACGAAGGCCUCGUCCACCUCAAAGAAUACGACAUCAAAGACAGCAAUGUCGAAUUGAUCGGAUCCGACCUCGACCACCGUGUCAAGUACAACUCCGCCGCCACCGAGCCCGCCUGGAACAACGGACAGAUCGGCCAGGAGCCGGGUCUCUACAUCUGGCGAAUCGAGGAUUUCGAGGUCGUCGCAUGGCCGAAAGAACGGGCGGGCGAAUUCUACGACGGCGACAGCUACAUCGUGCUGCACUCGUACAAGGUGGGGGACAAACUGGGCCACGACAUCUUCUUCUGGCUGGGCAGCAAGACCACCCAGGACGAGGCGGGCACGGCUGCCUAUAAAACGGUCGAGCUGGAUGAAUUUCUGCAUGGCACUGCGACGCAGCAUCGCGAGAUCCAACAAGAGCCCUCGGAGGAAUUCCUGGGGCUGUUCCGCCACAUUGCCAUCCGGUCGGGCGGUGUUCGCUCCGGCUUCACCCACGUCGAGCCGGAGGCCCCCAAGGAGAUCUUCACCCUCCUCCGCGUCUUCAAGCACCCCACUGUAUCCCGCUCGAUCAUCGUGCAUGAGGUUGAGCCCACAUGGCAGAGCCUGGACGAGAACGAUGUGUUUGUCUUGGACAAGGGAGAUAAGAUUUGGGUCUGGCAGGGCAAGAACUGCAGCCCGAUGGAAAAAGCCAAGGCUGCUCAGGUGGUCAAUGACAUGACUCUGGCCAAACAUAUCGAUGUCGAGGUGCUGUCGCAACUCGAGUCGCGGUCCCGGGUGGUGGUGGACCUGCUGGGCGGCAAGGAGGCUGACCCGGCCACAUUCCAGGCCCCCCGACCGGGGCGGUUCUCCAAGCAGACCGAUGGAGAUGCUCGGUCGCGCAAGCUCUUUAGACUCAGCGAUGCCUCGGGAACGCUGUCUUUUGACCUGGUGAAGGAUGGUCAGCGGGUCAACCAAUCCGACUUGGUUGCGACCGACAUCUUCCUGUACGAUGUGGGCAGCCGACUGUGGGUCUGGCAGGGCUCCGAGGCCAGUCAACGCGAAAAGGCCUUGUGGUUGAAGGUGGCCCAGCAUUAUGUCCGCCAGCUGCAAAACGACGUCUCCGAGGCCCACUUCAUUCCUAUCGCCAAGGUGGUGGAGGGCUACGAGAGCCCGGCUUUUAUCAAGGCUUUGGAGGCUUAG